CGUCAUCGGCCGGCGACGGUGCAUCCCGGAAGCGGCGCGAUGAGGGGGCGGCUGCUGCGCGCGGUGCGCGCGGGGCUGGCGGCGGCGGCGGGAGCGGCGGGGGGCGCCCGGGCGGGGCCGCCGUGGCGGGUGCUGUUCUUCGGCACCGACCGCUUCGCCGUCACCGCCCUGCGGGCGCUGGAGGCUGCCAGGGAGCCCGGCGAGGACUCGCUCGUGUCCAGGUUGGAGGUGGUGACCCUGCCCUGCCACCUGCCCGGGGACCUGCCUGUGAGGAGCUGCGCCCGGGAGUUCCGGCUGCCUACUCACGAGUGGCCACACACAGGACCACUGGGGCAGUUUGAUGUUGGUGUGGUGGCGUCGUUUGGGCGUCUCUUAAGCGAGGAGCUUAUUCUGCAGUUCCCGUAUGGUGUGCUGAAUGUCCAUCCCAGCUACCUCCCGCGAUGGCGUGGUCCUGCACCGAUAGUCCACGCAGUGUUACACGGUGAUAAAGUAACUGGUGUGACAAUUAUGGAAAUCAAACCAAAAAGGUUUGAUGUAGGUCCAAUUAUUAAGCAAGAAAAGUUCGCUGUUCCUCCCCACUGUACUGCAAAGGAGCUAGAAGUGAUACUAUCAAAGAUGGGUGCAAACAUGCUCAUUGAAGUUUUGAAAAAUUUACCUGAAAGUUUAAAAAAUAAAAAAGAGCAACCAAAAGAAGGGGUAACAUUUGCUCCUAAAAUAACUGUAGCUCAGAGUUGUAUAAAAUGGGAGGAGCAAACAGCUGUGCAAAUAAUACAACUGCACCGUGCCAUAGGAAGUAUGUUUCCUUUGCAGACGCUCUGGAAGGGUAGUACUGUUAAACUUCUGGAUUUUGUGGAAGUGCAUAAUAUCCCUGGUUUUGCUGAUCAAGUAUUAAAUGACCAUGGAGCUGUUCCUGGUUCACUGCUAUACCAUAAACUGUCCCAAACACUGAUAGCUCGUUGCAAGGAAGGCUGGGUUGGAAUCAAAACAGUCGUAUUAAAGAAGAAACUUACAGCAGUUGACUUCUAUAAUGGAUAUAUGCACUCGUGGUUCCAGCAGAACUCAAAAACAGUUCAUCAGGAAUGCAGAUUUCAAACACUCAAACUUAACACAGCAAAAAAGACUUUGAAAGAGAGGAAAAUAUUGGCACAGGAUACAAAAUAAGUGUAUUUGAAAAUGUUGAAAAGGAUGUCCGUAAGUUAAUAGUAAUAUAACAUAUUUUAAUACCCACCUCAUAACAGUAAAUUUGGUUUUCCUGUCCAGAAGGUUUGACCUUGCGAUCACCUGCAUGUUUUCAUUGUGGGUUUCUGACAAUCUUCAUUUUUUUUCAUGAAGGAAGAGAAUCUCUGUGAAUGCUGAGGACUGAAUAAAUUCCUGUUUCUGCCGUUGGGUAAUAAACUUAUUUUUGUACAACGUUUUUACUUUA